GAAUUAAUAUAUCUCUUUUGUCCUAGGUUACCCCGCUUGCAGGCUGCUUUCAUAUUAAAUAUAUGCUUUUAUGCCUCAAAUGUCCCAGUUCCUACGACUUUUUCCUUGAAUAUAAGUACAAGGGGAGUGAAUUAUUAUAGAUUCUGCGGUACUAGACUUUCUCUAUGCAUUGGCUUGCUGCUCUGCUGUGCACCUGGGCUGUCCCUAGUUGCAUCGCCCAGCAAGCCCCGCUGGGUGACUACCAUAGGUCGCCUCCCCUGAACGAGGCAUUUGAGAACAAGGUCAACUGGGCCCUUGAGCGCUACAAAGUCCCUGGUAUCGCGGUAUCUGUGGUUCGCGGUGAUGAUAUCUUCGUCAAGGGCUACGGGGCCUCCGACAUAUCCGGAGACGUUUUUAAGCCCGUCACAGAGCGCACUCUGUUUGAAGGAGGCAGCACAUCCAAAGCAUUCACAGCGGCAGCAGUCUCCCUACUCGUAGAUGACAACGAGAGCUUCCCUGACAUUCAAUGGGAUACACCCGUGCAUGAUAUCCUGCCAGAAUUUGUCCUCGAGGACCCGUGGGCCACCGCACACGUCACGAUCGAAGAUAUCCUAUCCCAUCGCUCCGGCUCGCCGCGUCACGACUGGAUUUUCAAUGCAAACAUCACAUCCCAAGAAGCCGUAUCUAAACUUCGCUAUGUGCCAUUAACAGCCCCAAUUCGCACAAAAUGGCAAUACAGUAACAUGAUGUUCGUAACAGCCGGGCUCCUAGUCGAAAAACGAACAGGCCAAUCACUGAAAGAGUUCCUCCGCAGCCGAAUCUGGGAACCCCUAAACAUGACAGAGACCUAUCUCUCCCCAGUUGACGCCCAAGCCGCAGGCGAAGACAUAGCCCAAGGAUACUACUGGAGCUCCGAAAGCCGCUUCAAAGAUGCAGGUAACCCGUCGCUAGACAAUCUCCGUGGGGCAGGAAACGUCCUUUCCUCCGCGACCGACUACGCAAAAUGGCUGCGAGCUAUGAUCCAUCGUCAGCCCCCACUCUCCCCCGCCGGACAUGCCGCAGUCACAAGCGCCCAUAGCAUAGUCAUCCCGGAAGUACUGGCCCCCUAUUCGGCACCAACUCUGUACGGAUUCGGAUGGAACCUACAAUCAUACAAGGGACACGCCGUGGUCCAACACGGCGGUGCAAUAUGGGGCUUCGGAGCCCUGGCACUGUUCCUGCCCGACAUACAGCUCGGAAUUACCAUCUUCGGGAAUAACAUGGUGCCGAUGGGUGUCGUUUCGUUUCUCCUGGCUUAUCAUAUUAUCGAUGAGAUUCUGGAAAUCCCGGAAGAGGAUCGGUUCAAUUGGAAAGAAUUAGCCGACGGUGCCCUAAACCUCACCAUCAUUCCACCCCCCGAAACCCUCUACCCAAAAAUCCCCGACACACCCCUCCCGCCUCCUCUUCCCCUCUCUAACCUAACAGGAAUAUACACCCACCCAGCCUACCCAACCCUCAACCUGACUACAGACUGCACCCACAAACCGAUCCUUCCACCCCUAACCAACAGCACAGAGACCCUUAGGCUAUGUUCCUCUGUGGUUGACGGCGUAGAUCUACCACCGUCGUUCUUGAAUGAGCUUGUACACGUCUCGGGCGACCACUGGGUCUUCGGAUUUAGUGUCAGCGAGAUGACGUUGUCUAUGAGGGCUGAGUUUCGGGUUGGUGCAGAUGGAUUAGUUGGGAAGCUGGGGAUCGAGGCGGACGAUAUGAUGGCGGGUUUGAAGGAGAAGAUUUGGUGGGUGAAGAGUCAGUAGUCUUCUAUUGGCUUAGAGCGGGUUAGGUGAGUUAUGCGUUGGUGUGGUGUGGGUGUAUGUAUGUACAUAUUGGUAGGACCGUUGAUUCGUGUAUGUUUGGGUGGGAUGAGACCUAUGUACAUUUGCUUUUUGCUUUGCGGUGAGGAGCAUGUUGUUUCGUAGCUGGAGUUGAGAAAUAUACCUAGGUUUACGCAAAGUGGGAGAAGAAUCUUUUUGAGGAGUCGACUUGUGUCCUGGAGUAUUAUUCGACAAUAACCGUACUGAUUCGGUAUCUUCUACCUUCCGGGAGGUGGUAGUUGAUCUUCAGUUCCUCGACUAGU